AUGUCGGCGAUGAAAAACAUUAGUUUUCGCAAUCUGCUCGUGUUCUCUGCAUUUCUUCGUCUGUUCUUAAUCAUCUACGGAGAAUGGCAAGACACUCACAUGGAGGUUAGAUACACAGAUGUUGACUAUCUUGUAUUUUCUGAUGCUGCUUCUUUGAUGGCAUCUGGAAAAUCCCCUUACCAAAGAUCUACUUAUCGAUAUUCACCUUUGAUCGCAUUUCUCCUCAUUCCUAAUUCAAUUAUUCAUCACUCCUGGGGAAAAUUUAUCUUCUCAGCUUCAGAUUUACUUGUCGGUUUGCUGAUCCACACCAUUUUGAAGCUACGAGGAGUGCCUCAGAGUAUAAGCACCUACUGUGCAAUGGUAUGGCUUGUCAAUCCAUUUACAUUCACAAUUGGAACCCGUGGGAACUGUGAGCCUGUAGUUUGUGCCAUGGUUUUAUGGAUAAUCGUUUGUCUCAUGAAUGGUAAUCUAUUGCAAGCUGCUGUUUGGUAUGGCCUGGUUGUUCACUUGAGAAUAUAUCCUAUAAUUUAUGCACUUCCUAUUAUCUUAGUUCUUGAUCCUCUCUACUUCCAGUCUGGUAAGAAGCCUGCUGUAAUAGAUUGGAGUUCUAGUAGAAUCAAGUCAGCCUUCAAGUCAAGUAGCACAAAAGGUGGUGAUCCACAUCAUACGUGGGUCUCUUUGACAAGACUGGUUACAGUAAGGAGACUUAUGUUCGGGCUGGUUUCUGGGGCUGUGUUCUUCUGUUGCACUGGGUUUUUCUUCUAUUUAUAUGGAUGGGAGUUCUUGCAUGAGGCGCUGCUAUACCACCUUACUCGCACAGAUCCUAGGCAUAACUUUUCUAUUUAUUUUUACCACAUUUAUCUCCAGUACGAACAUGAGUUUUCAGCCUUAGAAAAGCUCAUCUCUUUUCUGCCUCAAAUUAUAGUGCAGCUGGUUCUCAUAUUCCGCUUUGCACAGGAUUUGCCAUUCUGUUUCUUUGUGCAGACGCUAGCAUUUGUAGCAUUCAAUAAGGUCAUAACAGCGCAGUACUUUGUGUGGUUCUUCUGUCUGUUGCCUCUGAUUCUGCCAUGGUGCAGUAUGAAACUUAAAUGGAAAGGCUUGGCCUGCAAUUUUUUGUGGAUGGGAGCUCAAACGCAUUGGUUAAUUUGGGGUUAUCUGCUUGAAUUCAAAGGCAAGCAUGUCUUCAUUCAGCUGUGGUUGGCGAGUUUAUUCUUCUUGGCUGUUAAUACUUUCGUCCUUAUCAGUAUUAUCCGCCACCACACAUACUCCCCAGUAUUUAAACGGUUGGAGCGUGUGGGUUCAAAGAAAACUUCUUGACAUGAGUGAAAGAAGGGCAGCCUAAUCAUUGAGGGAUGAUCCUCUGCCUCACUGCUGCGUGCUCAACUUUAGGCUUACACUUCUGAUUAAUCAAGCUUUGUUCCCAGGCAGGAUUCCUACCAUGUAUGAUUGAAAUGUUGGAGAGAUUGUGAUCAAAUGAGUAGGGGUUUGGCUCCAUUCUCGUGACCUAUUCCUCAGCAAGCACUAAAUCUUGCUAUGGACUGUAUACAAGCAUCCAGCAUACCGACUAUCAGCUGGUUGUCUAAUUUUUGACUAUGCAUUGUAAUCUGUUAUCAUCGUCCUUUUUCCACUUCUUUUUAGAUGUAAUUAGACUAAUAUUUGUUGCUGAGUGUGAUCGAUUUCUAAGUUUAUUUCUCUUUGUCACUCUUGUAUUUUGUGAAAUGGUGG